CAAAACAGCUGUUAGGUUUUUAUGAGUCUAUUAUCAAUGACUGCAUUUCUGUUUUAGGACAUCCUGAGUGUACAUUUUCUUUUAUAGCACUUGGGUCCAUAUCCCGAAAAGAGGUCACUGCUUAUUCCGAUAUUGAGUGGGCAAUAUUGUACGAUCCUUUAGAUAAAGACCCUGAUUAUGUCAAAACACAAUUGCGCAUGAUAGCUUAUUAUAUGCACUUAAAGGUGCUAAACCUUGGGGAAACAUUGUUAAACUGCUUAGACAUACCUGUUCUAACAGAUUAUAACAAUCACCUUCCACAUGACAUGAAAUUGAAAGAAAAUGACUUUUAUGAUGAAGCAACCCCAAGAGGAGUCUCUUUUGAUGGAGCACAACCCUAUGCUAGCAAGACAGCUAUUGGCAGGAAAUCAGGAGAGGAUCCCGAUAAACCUCCCGAACUUGAACUUAUCAUGACUGUUAAAGAAAUGAGCAAGUAUCAAUUUACAGAUAAAUCACUGAAAGAGGGUUAUCACCUCAGUGAUGUUCUAAUGACUUCAACUCUAAUAAGUGGAAAUGGAGAACUAUGGAAAGAGUAUGACAAAGAAGUACAUAAAAUACUAACCUCAAAAUCUUCAACAAAUGAAAAUAUUACUGUAGGACAAGAACGUGGGUUGGAGACAUUAAGGAAAGAUAUUAAGAAAUACCUCAAACACCCUCUGUCAUCAAAAUCUUUCACCAAGAAAAUGCAUACAAAGCAUGAUAUAUAUAGAUUUGCUACAAUCACAAUCAAUGUUCUGAAACUAAUGCAUGGUUGUACAUCAUCUGCCCCUCUGGAUGUGUUAGAAGAACUGCGAGAGAAGAAGAUAUUGACUGAAAGGGCAAAGACCGAUUUGCAAAUAAUGGUUUGUACAGUCAUUAACCUAAGACAUAUGGUAUAUGGCAGUUACAAGCAACAGAAAGAAUUGAUAUCCUUCCUUGAAAGUGAUAAUCUCAAUGGUGAACCAAAAGAGGUGAUGCCAGUGAGGAGUUUUACAGCCAUAAUAAGGUUCUACAUUACCUUCUUGCCAUGGUGCCGAUUUCUCCAGUCAAACAUGACUGUAAAAGGCAGCUGGUUAUAUUUAGACAGAUACAUUGAGGAAAGUCACGAAGUCAAGGGAGAGUUCUACAAAAACAUUUAUAUCUAUAAAUAUGCACUUACUGCAUACAAGGCAGAACUUGAAUCACUUCUUGAAAGCAAGGGUCAUGAGAGACAAAUAUUGAAAAUAAAGAAUGUAAUAGGUUCAUUAUAUGAGUCACAGGGCAAAUGCAAAGAGGCAUUGGAAUAUUACAAGGACAUCCUUAUCAUGUGUGAGAAAAAUGAAGAUAAAAGUGGGAUCGCCUUAUCACUAAAUAAUAUAGGAAACAUGCAUAAAAACCUGGGCAACCAUUACGAAGCACUAAUACAUCUUCAUGAAAGUCUAAAUAUUUAUAACAAGAUCCAUUACAGAGACAUUGCUAGAUCCCUAAAUAACUUAGGAAAUAUGUACUACACGCUUGGAGACCAAUGUGAAGCACUGAAAUAUCAUCAGGACAGUCUAGACAUGCGUAGAAAGAUAUAUCGAAACAAUGAGCAGCAACAUCCAGAUAUUGCCUCAUCACUUAAUAACAUAGGAAAUGUGUACAAAAAGCUUAGAGAGCUGCACAAAGCAUUAGAAUAUCAUAAAGAGAGUCUAGAUAUGCGUAGAAUGAUCUACAAAGAUAUAAAAAGACAACCUAAUAACCCAAGGAAACCUUUGCUAGACCAAGAUAGUUCACACCCAGAGAUUGCCAAUUCACUCUGCAACCUAGGAAAUGUACAUGCUAAAAUGGGAGAUUAUGAGAAAGCGUUGGAUUAUAAUAAGAAAAGUCUAGCAAUGCGUGUACAAAUCUAUCAAGAUUCUUCUCAUCAAAAAGAAACUGAGAAUGAUGGAUCGGAGGAAGCUGUGAAACUAAGUAGAGAGCUGUUCAUCUCCACAGAUUCAAUGCAUAGGCGGGAGUCACAAGCAUCUUGUCAAUCAAAUAUGAGCCUCGUCAAUGAAAAGAGCCCUCGUGGAGAGCUGACUAGUUCAUCAGAUACCAUCAAUUCCAUUAAUUUUAGGAAUGAGGAUGUAAAAACAAAAAGAGUCACUCCCCACCCAGAUGUUGCUUCCUCACUGUACAGCAUUGGAAAAGUGUAUGGUAAGAUGAGAUGGCAUACUAAAGCAAUGCAAUUCCAUGAAGUCAGCCUUGAUAUGAAAAGAUCGAUCCAUGAAAAUGACCUGAACACAGAUAUUGCGUCUUCAUUGUAUCGUAUAGGAGAUCUAUAUUGUGAGAUAGGAGAUCAAAAAUCCGCACUUGAACAUCAUCAGCAAAGUCUCGCAAUAAGAAAACAAAUCUACAAAGACCACCCCCACCUAGAUGUUGCUCGUUCACUGUACAGCAUAGGAUACGUAUAUUGUGAGAUGGAAGAUCUUUCCGAAGCACUUGAACAUCACACACAAUGUCUUUUGAUGAGAAAAAAAAUCCACUCAGACAAGCCCCAUCAUGAUACCUCUAAUUCCCUGUACCAAAUAGCUAGGGUGUAUAGUAUGAGUGAAGAUAAUGAUAAAGCACUGGAUAAACACAAGGAUUGUAUGGCAAUGAGGAAACAAAUACACAAAGAUAGUCCUCAACAUGCAGAUAUUGCUCAAUCACUGUACAUGAUAGGACUGGUAUACGAGAGGAUGGGAAAGGACACUGAAAAAUAUGGAUAUCAUCAAGAAAGUCUUGAAAUGACAAAAGAAAUCAACAGAAGCAGUGAAAUGCCAAAUCCAAAUGCUCUGCACAAGAUAGGUUACUUAUAUGCCCACAUGGGAUAUAACACAGAAGCAUUAACAAACUUUCAAAAAAGUCUAGAAAUAAGACCAAGCAAGAUAGACCCAGAUGCUGCAAGAACAAUGUUUAAUAUUGGAAGGGUGUACCGUAAAAUGGGAGAAAAAACCAAAGCCCUGAAAUACCACCAGGACAGUCUUCAAAUAAGAAGAGAAAUCUACCAACAAAGUUCCCACCAGGAUGUUUCUAGUUCACUGUACAAUAUAGGUAUCAUAUAUAGUGAAAUGGGAGAGAACACCAAAGCAUUGGAUUCUUUUCAGGAAAGUGUCAAAAUAAGAAAGCAACUCAAUCAAGAGCAAAAUUUAUUUGUUAGUACUCUGUACUACAUGGGCAUUGUACAUGAUAAGAUGGGAGAACACACAAAGGCAAAAGACUAUCAUCGUCAAGUCUUGGAAAUAUAUAAAGAGAUCCAUCAAGAUUGUCCCCAUCCAAAUAUUGCUAGAUCACUGUACAAACUUGGAAAUACAUAUGAUGAUCUUGAACAAGCGGUUAAGUAUCAUCAAGAUGGACUCGCAAUGUAUAAAAAAAUCCAUAAAGAUAGGCCUCAUCAAGAUGUUACUAGAUCACUGCGAAGUUUAGGCAAGGUGGAGGAAAACAAAGGGGAUUACAAACAAGCUUUGAAUUAUUAUCAUGAAAGUCUCGACAUGGCACUGCAAUAUGGUAGUGAUUGUCAUUCUGAUUACCAAGAAGCUUUAAAAUUGAUAGAUCAGUGCAACAAAAAAACUAAUAAAAUCAAAAUGCAAAAUGAUUCUAUCGCACCAAAGUUUGGAAGGUUGAAGGAUAGGAUUUUAAGGAAACAGAUGUAACUAAAUUGAAACAAAUACUGAUGUCUUGUAAUAUGUGCAGAUUAAUUCAUCAAGACUUUCUCCAUAAGUGCACAACAUACCAAUAGAAUUAGAAUACGUUCACAUUUGAUAAUAACCGUAAGCUGAUACUAGACCAAACUAGUACACUUUGAGUAUGAAAAAUCAUC